CCCGGGGAACAAUCCGAGGAGGCAGCGCGAGCGGUGCUUGAAUGCCAUGGAUCUUGUCGGUGAAUAACUUUGCUCCUGUUUUCCAUCCACUAGCUCACUGCUCGCAUUUGCUGGCGUUUAGUUGUACCGUUUAAGAGUCCAAAUGACACUAAAUGCCUUAUAAAUCACAUAACAUCACUCGGAAAAGUGUGUUAGCAACAAUCCCCUGAGGUCUGUUUGUCUGUGCGGCUUAACUUUUGCAAAGUGGGCAUUUUGGGGUCAGCUGGAAUCUGAAUGGACUAAUAUGAAGAGCCUGAAGGCAAAGUUUAGGAAGAGUGAUGUCCAUGAAUGGAACAAGAAUGACGAGCGUCUCCUCAGUGCAGUGGAACAUGGGGAGACGGACAAAGUCACUUCUCUCCUCUCAAAGAAAGGAGCCUGUCCCACCAAGCUUGACAAUGAAGGCAAAUCUGCUCUACACGUAGCGGCCACUCAAGGUUUGGCUGAGUGCCUUGGGGUCAUUCUUGCUCACGGGGCAGAUGUUUCUUUGCCCGAUGCUUCAGGGUUUACUGCUUUACACCUGACUGCCAAAAACAACCAUCCUGAAUGUGCCAAGAAGUUGAUUCAGAGUAAGUGUGCGCUGGAUGCUGUGGACAGUUCAGGGAAGACGGCUCUUCAUCACGCAGCUGCCAGCGGAAACGCAGCGAUAGUUCAACUUCUGUGCGAGCACAAGUGUCACGUCAAUCUUAAGGACUCGGAUGGUGUCACUCCUCUGCUUUUGUCGGCCCGACACUCAGACCCGGAGAUUUGUCGGUGCUUGGUCAACUGGGGCACUGACGUCAAUGCGAGCGACAGGAACGGCAGAACUGCGGUGAUGUUGGCCUGUGAGAGCAACUGUCCGGUCACAGUAGAGUUGCUUGUGCAAAGCGGAGCUGACCUGAACAUGGUGGACUCGCUUGGUUAUGAUGUGCUGUACUACGCUAAACUGUCUGGAAGCAGUGACGUUCAAAACACCCUCGAAGCGGCCCUUCACAGACAGACAGAGUCAGAUAAGAACUCAGCGAGAACCCCUCAGCAUGGUCAAAUGGCUAAGUUAAAUGAGGACAGAAGCUCCACCCCCAAAAAGAGAAAAGCACCUCCUCCUCCCAUUAGCCCAAUCCAGUCGUCUGGCAUUGUCUCUCCACCUUAUUUUACUCCAUCUCAAACACCUUUGUCAAGUAAAAGUGAUUCAUCCAGAAGGUUCGAUUACAAGGAGGAGGAGCUAAAGAGUGCUACGCUGAAAGAGGAGAUCGAAAAGCUGCACGAGGAAAAGAGCAUGCUGCUCGAGACCAUUGAUGAUCUGAAGCAGAUUGUGGAGCAGACUGAGCCCAAGGCAAAGCACACAGGGAAAGCAGAUGCAAUGUUGAUUGCAGCCCUCCAGGCAAAGGUAAACUCUCUCUCCUUGGAAAACCAGCAGCUCGCCCAAAAAAUAAAGAAACGUCCACCUCCUCAAGGAGAAGAAGGCCAGGAAGGAUCCCGUCCAAACAGCAUUGAAUCCAAUGCCUCAUACCACUCUACCCGUGCCGAUUUUGAGAUCUCCAGCGACAUGCACGUCCACAUUGUUGACGAUGAGAAUCUCUCCGAGGUUUCUGCUUUAGACAUCAGCGGAUCAUCGCUCGGGCAUGAGGUGGAGGAGACUGUGAAGAUGUGCUCGGAAGAAGAAAUAAAGCUUCUACGUGGUGCACUGGAGAGCCUACAGGCCAAACUGCUGGAAUCCAGAAUGGAGAACCGUUCCCUUCAUGCCAGACUCAACACUGACUCUCCGACAGAAAGAACUGAGAGUGGGGAUGAAGACAAUGUUUUGCAGAAGUUUCAGUAUCUGAAAAGCUGCCUUGAGCAAGAGGUGAAGGACCUGAAGGUUAAGUUGCUCAAGGCACGGGAGGAGCAAAAGCGGGAUGCUUGUUCGAUAAAGGAUCUUCAGGCUCAGAUCCAGAGAAGUCCUCUAUCUGAAGAUGAACGUUUUGAAAUGAAGAACACCUAUAAUACUUUGGUUGAAAACAUUAACCAGGAGAAGGCACUGUUGAUUGAGAAGUACAAGGAAUCUCAGGAUGAGAUCAAGAUGCUCCAGGAAGCUCUUCGAGGCACCGUGCCCGUCGAGGCAGCCGCCAAUGACUUUGAGGAGAUGAAGGCAGAGCUCGGUGAGAUUAUCGAUGGGCUGCAGAGGCGGCUUUUGGAGCUCUCAAAAUCAUACAGCGAGGCCAAAAGUGAGCUCAGCGCUGCCCGCAACCAGAUGCAGGCUAAAUCUUUAGAGAACAAGCCCGACGUGGUCACCAAGGAGGAGCAUGAGCGGAAAAUCCAAGAGCUGACAUUCAGAAUGAAGGACGUGCAGAACAUCUCUAAGGACACGGAGGUCAAGCUUCAAGCAGCACUUGGAGAAAUAGCUCAGCUUAAAGAAGAUGCUGAAAAACAGGCGCAGUCGACCAUAGCCAUCGCAGACCACACCCAGGUUGUAGCUUCCCUUGGGAACGCCAUUAAGAACAUGGAGGCUGAAGUGGAAGUUCUUCAACAGCAACUAGCCCAGAAGACCUUUCAAGUGGAAGCUUUGCAGAAUAGAGUGGAGAACAACGUCACGCCGGAUACGAUCUCCCGACUGGAAUGUGAGGAGAUGAGAGAGAAGCUGGAGUGUGAGAUAAAUGACCUCAGCCACCUGCUAAAGGAUGCUCUUAGGAAACAAGAUGAGAUGGCUCUGGAGGUGACCACAGCAUGGCAGGAAGUGAAGGACGGCAGGAAUGAGAGAGAAGCAGCUCAGGAGCUAGCUGUUAGGAGGGAAAAGGAAUGCAGCACGAUGAGCGCCAGGUACAGGGAGGCCCAAGAUAUCAUUGUUCAGAUGAAGAAGCAGGUGGAGAACCAUGUGAUCUCAGAGAGAGAGAAAAAUAAAAAGAUUGAUGAGCUUUCAAAGGAGGUGGUCAAGUUGAAGGAAGCUCUGAACAGCCUUUCACAGCUGUCAUACACCACUAACACCCCUAAGAGACAACAGAACCAGCAGGUGGACUCACUCCACCAGCAGAUCAAACAGCUGCAAUAUCAACUUGCUGAGUCCAAGAAACGUCACCACGAAGUCGUCUCGGUUUACCGAAUGCAUCUACUCUAUGCUGUCCAGGGUCAGAUGGAUGAAGAUGUGCAAAAGGCUUUGAAACAGAUACUUGUAAUGUGCAAAAUGCCAACAGAGGCCAAGUGAAGGACCCAAUGCCACAGUUGUCCAGGAGCUGCCUGAAAAUGAAGAAAAUUUCACAUUUCAAAAUUACACAUUUAGUGCAGUUGUAAUUGACAUUGGCGUUUUCAUGGUUUUGGAUGGAUACGGUAAACAGUCUCCAAGGUCCUGCAGUACCAGAAAAGGAAACAAUCUACAGUCAGUGACUUCUUGAAAUCUAUUUUGAACCGCUUCUAUUUUUGUACUUUGUGAAAAAAAUGAUAAUCAGUAUUUGACCUUGCUACAAUGUUGUCAAAGUGUUGUCCCUUUGAGGAAGAAUGCCAGUCAAAAAUGCACAAUUCAUCAUUUAAUUUAUUAUGCUGCAAAGCAAAUAAUGAACAUGCACCGAUAACAGAUGUUUCCUUAAAAUGCAGUAUGAAAUCAGAAAGUAUCUGCAUGCUGUGAAGUGGUCGGUGUUGGGAUAGUUUUGAAUUCUCCAUUAUUUCACAAUUUGGGCUUUGACACAUGCCCAAGUACCCAGUGCACUUUCCUUAUAUACACUAGCAGUCAGCCUUUGUUGAAAACUGCAUUUACCUGCCAUAACAAGGACACCUGCCAUGAUUUGUGUGCCUCUGCUGGUUCAUAACGCCCAUGGUGAUAUUUUGAAGUACAUAGUGUAGCAUUUGAAUCUGCACUAUAUUUCUUUUGCAUUAUGGUUGGAUGAACAAGGUUGCUGCACUGUAGUAGUAAAAUAUUUUCCUUGUGAGUUUUGUAUUUGCCUGUACAUCCACUCGGUAGUGUUUAAUGGUUACAUAGUCAAAGCAUAAUAAACAGUUAGUGUACUUGGUAGUAUUCUAAACAACACUUACGGAUGACACACAACAUAGUGAGGGGUGAGUUCUACCCUGGCAUUUCAGUGCAGUUGUCAUUUUGCAACAAAUAAGAGUCGAGGAAGAUGGUGCUUUAUUAAGUAUUCAGUGCAAAUUUACAUUUACUGUAUUUGGACUAACACUAACAUGCCUUCUUAGUAUUACUAAAUAUUUAGGAGCACUUCUGUAACACAUGCUUAUCACUUGGAGCAUGAUUUUAGGCAUGCAGUACAACAUAGCUCAUUAUUCUUCUCUUAACCUCAGAGAGGCUUCUCUUAAACCUCUCCGUGGUUUAUGGCUUUUUAAUUUAGAUAGUUUGAUAAACACAUAUGAUUGAUGAGUGGGUGGAAUAUGAAUAGAAAAUACAGCACACUGAAUUUUAAUGCUGCGGUAAUUUUCCUGAGUGCCAACACAAAAAUCACAAAACAAUGUUUUGUGGUUCACUAGAAUAAAGAAUUUAUAUCAAAUAAGGAAUGAGAGGAUAAAUAAAAAUAAAAAAACAUGCUCCCCUGCCCAUUUGCUCUGUCCGGGUUCACAAAUGUCAAAUAGUGUUGCUGAUUCGUUUCUGUCCAUCUCGUACUAUGAUUUGCAUCAGCUCAUAGUUUUGUUUUCUUGUAUUGUUUGUGAUUUCUAUGUAUUUGUUAUAGAGAGUAAGAAUGCCCAAGUAUUUUUGCUUCGUAAUUAAAGUUGUUAUAAAUUGGCUCUUA